AUGGCCGCGGCCGCGGCGGGAGGAGCCCCCGGCCCGGGCCCCGCCGCCAGGGCCCCGCCGCCGGCGAUGCGGAGGCGCGGGGACUUGCGGCGCCGCCAGGCCGCGCUCUUCUUCCUCAACAACAUCUCCCUGGACGGGCGGCCCCCGAGCCUGGGCCAGGUCGGCGAGACUCUCCCGCCGCCAGCGCCGCCCGCCGAGGUCCGCGAGCCGCCCGCGCCGCCGCCGCCGCCUCCCGGGCCCGAGCCCGCGCCGCCCGGCCCUCCCGGCAGCGCGGUCCGGGCGGCGGCGCCCCAGGGCCUGCUCAGCCCCGCGCCCGCGCCAGCCGGCCUCGGCCUGGACGCGCCGCGCCCGCGAAGGCGAGUUGCCUCCCAGCGCUGCUCCCUCGAGUUCCUGGAAGACACCGUGGGAUGUCCCUCCGUUCAAAGAACCAAGCACAUGCCCGGGUCCCCCAGGCACAAGGGCCUGAAGAAGACUCACUUCAUCAAGAACAUGCGACAGUAUGACACCAAGAAUAGCAGGAUUGUGCUGAUCUGCGCCAAGCGGUCCCUGUGUGCAGCCUUCUCGGUCCUGCCCUAUGGAGAAAGCCUGCGGGUCAGUGACCUGAGGGUGGACAGCCAGAAGCAGAGGCAUCCGUCCGGUGGCGUGUCUGUUUCUUCCGAGAUGGUCUGUGAGCUGGAAGGUGUGGAGCUGGGAGCAGAUGGAAAGGUCGUAUCUUACGCCAAGUUCCUGUACCCUACCAACGCCCUCGUCGCACAAAAGACAGACAACCACGGUCCACCGCCCCAGCCCCGGACCAGCAUCCCCCGGGCUGUGCCAGCAUCCAGAUACAAACCUGCUGCUGCCAAGUCAGCGCCGAUCAGCACGGAGCUAGGGAAUGAUGCAGGGGAUCCCCUGGAAUACAAUCCCAACCUGCUGGAUGACCCGCAGUGGCCCUGUGGCAAGCACAAGCGAGUCCUCAUCUUUGCAUCUUACAUGACCACGGUGAUCGAAUAUGUGAAGCCCUCCGACCUCAAGAAGGACAUGAAUGAGACAUUCCGAGAGAAGUUUCCACACGUCAGACUAACACUGAGCAAAAUUAGGAGUUUAAAACGCGAGAUGCGGAACAUAUCUGAGGAGUGCAACCUGGAGCCUGUGUCUGUGGCCAUGGCCUACGUGUACUUCGAGAAGCUUGUCCUACAAGGCAAGCUCAACAAACAGAACCGCAAGCUGUGCGCUGGCGCCUGUGUGCUGCUUGCUGCCAAGAUCAGCAGCGACCUCCGCAAGAACGAAGUAAAACAGCUCAUAGAUAAGUUAGAAGAAAGGUUCCGGUUCAACAGACGGGAUCUAAUUGGGUUUGAGUUCACAGUGCUUGUGGCCUUGGAACUUGCUCUUUAUCUUCCUGAGAGCCAGGUGUUACCUCAUCACAGACGCCUCACACAGCAGUUCUAG